AUGGCCUCCUCCACCUCUUCCAACACGGACUCUUCGCACGAUACAUUCGAUUUGAUCAGGAUUCUACAACAAAUGCUUCGAGAAGAAUUUUUGGAUAAUCCGGCGAUUUUCGAUCAGAACGCCACUCACAAUUCGACCACAAAUAUCAAUUAUCUCCUCGGUGAGACACUAAUGAAUGAAUUCGCGAAUCCAUAUAUCGAAGAGAAUCGAUUCGGAAUUAUUGGACAGAGAAAUGGAGGCCAUGGCCCACAACCGAACCGACCACCACAAGCAAUCGUAAAGAGAGGCAGAGAGAAUGCGAAGGAGAUUCGGAUGUUUUUGGAUGGCCGCGAGCCGCAAUCAAUGCUCAGCCCACCGCCAUCAGAAUAUCCACGUCUUCAAACAACUCCACGUCGUCCUCAUCUUCAUCUUCUAAAUCCACGUCUUCAACCAUUCGUCUUCCCACCACUAAACGGCGUCCCAAUUCGUGUCGAGACCUCUCCACUGACUCCGCCUCCUCCACCGCCAGUCGUCGUUUUGAAUCAUAGAGAUCGGAAGACGUCGUCGACGACUCCACCGUCUCCACGCAACAAUUGCUGUUGUUUCUGUUAUGGAACUGCGAAGAAACGGGCGGAGGCGCGGAAUCUGCCGAUUCCAUCGAAAGACGACAUCGGACCGUGGUCUACUCAUCGCAGUAUCACUAAUGAUGAUGUCACAUGUCCAACACUUCAACAAGUGACUUGUGGUCUGUGCGGAGCCACCGGACGCCGUGCUCACACGACAUCUCACCACCGCAAAUCACUCGCUUUCCGUGUCAAUUGA